AGAGAGAGAGAGAGAGAGACGUUUUGAAUUUCCCUUCUGGAAGAGAAGCAGUACAGCGUCAGGGCCUGGCUGAGGGGCGUGAUUGGAGGGCGCCUUCGGCAUCCGCCCGCAGCAGCCGCCACGGCCCCGGCUCGCCUGGCGGAGUUACACUAGGAAGCAACGCGAGCUGGCUGAGCACACUGCACCGCCUGCUGGAGUCAGCCUGAGCCCUGCAGUGGCUUAGACGGCUGCUGGGACCACCAGGUGGGCUCAUCUCCCAAAGGCAGACCAGCAGGAGUGCUGAAUGCAAAUUCAGCUACGGGCUAGGGAGCACUAACCAAAGCCUGCAGGAUGGACUUUGUCAUGAAGCAAGCCCUCGGAGGGGCCACCAAGGACAUGGGGAAGAUGCUGGGGGGAGAGGAGGAGAAGGACCCUGAUGCACAGAAGAAGGAGGAGGAGCGACAGGAGGCCCUGCGGCAGCAGGAGGAAGAGCGCAAGGCCAAACAUGCCCGCAUGGAAGCCGAGCGAGAGAAGGUCCGGCAGCAGAUCCGAGACAAGUAUGGGCUGAAGAAGAAAGAAGAGAAGGAAGCAGAGGAGAAGGCAGCCAUGGAACAGCCCUGCGAGGGAAGCCUGACCCGACCCAAGAAGGCCAUCCCCGCAGGCUGUGGGGAUGAGGAGGAGGAGGAAGAGGAGAGCAUCCUGGACACAGUGCUCAAAUAUCUGCCAGGGCCGCUACAGGACAUGUUCAAGAAGUAACCCAUCCUCUGCCCGCCCCAUCCACGUUACGACCUUUUUGUUGUUGUUGUUGUUGUUGUUGUUAGUCUUUUCUUUUCUUUUCUUUUCUUUUCUUUUUACUCAGAUAAGUCUCAGUUCCAAAGGGGAAAACCUCAGUUGGCCUCCGCCCCCUUUCUCUAGCCAGGGACUCCUCCCCUCUCCACUCCUUUACACUCCCUUCAUCCCACAGUUUCUAGUCUUGUUUCACUCCCAAGUAGCUUUACUCCAGUGGGGAGCACCGAACCCAGAGCCAAAGGCCCUGAGUGCCCCUCCAGAAGCCCAUGGUCUAUGUUAGUGUGGUGACCCCCAUACAUUCCUUCAUGCUCCCCACUGCCAGGAGGACCACUGUCCCCAGCCAGCCAAAGCAAUGACACAUUCCAGCCCUGCCCAGCAUGCUGACCUUUGGCCUCUGAACCCCCAGUGGGAGUCCAGGUCAGGGCAGAGGCACUGAGAGGCCUGGCUCCGAGGAAGGCUGUUCAGAGUAAGACUGUCCUGGGCAGUGUAGCCCUGAGAGGCUCUAGCUGGGUCUGGCCAGGUUAGAGUCUGGGCAGGAGGCUUGGGCUGUCCUCUUCCCACUUCCUGGUGCCAUUUACCAGGAGCACAGCCCUCUCCCCGAACCCAGCCUAAAGAGAAGCAUGGCCCCUGCCAAGCUGCUCCCUCCAACUGGAUCCUCUUUGGACUUUAGCACAUCUGUGGAGGAGCCCAGGGCAGGGCAACCCCUUAUUCUCCCUCAUCUGACUUAGGUCCUGGGACCCCACUGCCAGGCUAGGCCCUAGUUUGCCAGCCAAGGGGUUGCCCAGGCCCCCAGAAAAUACUUGGAGCCAUCGGGCAGUGAUGGCCUGUGCCAUGGGACCCCCUCAUUGGUACAGCCAAACUGCCCCCAUUCCUAUCCACCCUUCUUCCCUUCCACGUCCUGUCCUUGUGCUUCCAAGUCCUCAUUGUCCCCAGGAGGACCCUUCUAGGCCAAGCCUCAGAGAGCUGGGGAGGAGCCAAUUCCCGCCUGACAAAAGACUGCCCAUUCACCCAACUGCCCAAGAAUCAGCUCUCCUCUGGGAUGUGUAGGACUGGCAUCUGUCCUCACACCCCUCACUGUCAAGGUGUCCUGCUCUGUGACUUGU